CGACGACGUAUGCGCGAAUCUCUAUCAGUCGGCAACGGAGUUGCCUGAGUAGCACGCGCGCGCGUCGACCCGGCCAGCUCGAUUCGAUUAAACUUUCGCUGCUUUGCUGCAGCCCUCGCCACGAGCGGGGUAAGACUUCGUGUCGUGACUCGUUCUGCCAAGCUUCAUCACCCUCUCGCACGUCAGACGUAUCGCGGUACGUGAAAUCGGGAUAGACGUCGCGAUUCACGCUUUCAUGCCCCGACGUUGUACCAGGGACACGUCAAACCGUGCCACGAUCGACCGCCUCCCAUUCGACACGCGGAUACGAAAGGAUUAAAGGGAAACUCGCGAGACUAUUUCUCGCAAUCAUUUUAUGCGUGCGAAUGGUGAGAUCUAUUACCAGAACAUAUUAAUUAAAUACGCUCGGUUACCAGAAACUGAGCAAGAUGAGAUCUUAUCAAGAGUGCAUCCGUCAAAAUGAAAUUGAAACCAGUUUGCAACAAACUUUAUAUCGCACACAAUUACUGGCCUCAAGAGGAGAACAUAUCCAUACAGCAUCGAAAUUUUUAGAACAAAGUUCAUCAAUGAGAUACUCAAUUACAUGUUAGCAUUUUGGCGAAAUGCGACGACUGCUCGAUGACUAUAUUUCCUUGUCAAGCAGAAGACGAAGAAGCUGAAGAAAACAGUGAUUCGCGAAAAGACGGAUGUCGCCAUCAACGAUGUCGUACAAAAACAAGGGACAUGUUGGGACAAAUAAAAUUGGCGAACAAUUGAGACGUUCUUGACGAGAAUAAACCGAAAUCGUAAAAUAUAACAAAAUUAACAGAAGGGGGACGAUACUUGCGACGACAUUAUGUGGAAUUAUUUCUGAUUUUCCGUUUCCCCGAAAAAAAACUGAUCGCGACAAUAUGAUGUGGAACGCGAAAUGGUCACACUUCUCCGAAUGUUUCUGUCGACGUUCAAGCCUUGUUCUGGUUCUGCUGCCAUGUCUGAUCUUUGUCACCAACUACCUCGUUUCCAACGAUGAGUACGAAUAUGACGUCCUACAAUAUCCGUCCUUCAAAUCGUACAACAUCGUUGAAGGUAUGGUGGAUGGUUACCUCGUAUGGAAUCCGAAAUGUCACAUGCUCUCCAAAAAGCCUCUGGAUCCGUCCAUCACGAAAUUUGUGAGAAAGGAAAAAUUGGAAAAAUGUCCUAAUGAUCGCGUCCUCUCGCAAAUUUUAAGGGAACCUAAUGGCAGUGUGUUUCUUUUUCUCGAUUCCGCCAUAAAGACUUUGCAUAGCAACGUCACUUGCUGCUGGUCAUCCGUAGUCAGGCCUAAAGUGGAUAAGCCUAAAAAGAACAACUAUGACUCUAUAAUAACAGUGAAGCAGUGCGAGAACUUGACGGGACAAGUGAUGCUUCCGCGUGAAGUGGAAGUAGCGUACGUAUCAUGUAAAGCCAAGACAAAGUCGAAGCCUAAAGCGAAAACGAAGAAUACAAAGUUUUCGAUAAAUACGGUAUAUGAAAACGUUCACGCGAUCUUAAAUCCAGAGAAAGUACGCGAACGCAUAGACAAUGGCAGUCAGUCUGGAAACUUUUCAAGAAAGCUGAGUGUGCUUGUCCUCGGCAUAGACAGCGUUAGUCGACUAAAUUUCUACCGAGCUAUGCCGAAAACUGAAAGUUAUCUGCGCGAAACUGGUUGGAUUUGUUUGAAGGGCUACAACAAGAUCGGCGAUAACACAUUUCCGAAUCUAAUGGCAAUUUUGACCGGUCAAACUCCACAGCAAGCAUACUCGCGGUGCAAGCCGACAGUGGCCUACAAACUCGACAACUGCCCCUUUCUUUGGCACAAUUUCCGCAACGCCGGCUACGUCACGGCCUACGGCGAAGAUGAAACCACCCUCAACACGUUCAACUACCUCAAAGUCGGCUUUGUCGAACCGCCUACAGAUUACUACCUAAGACCUUAUAUGCUGGCCAGCGAAAAACUUCUCAAAAUCAAAAAAAGAUUUAAUAUGAAGUACUGUACUGGUCCUGAGUUGAGUUUCGAACGAAUCUUUAACUACGCUAUAAACUUUGCCCAAACCUUCAUUAGCGUGCCAUAUUUCGGUUUUUUCUGGACGAACACGAUCAGCCAUGAUAACAUGAAUGGUAUUUCAUCGAUGGAUACUCGCGUGUUGAAGAAAUUUAUGUUUUUGGAACAAGAGGGAAUAUUGAACGACUCGAUGGUAAUCUUUCUAAGCGAUCAUGGCAUGCGCUGGGGAGAGUUUCGCAAUACCUUUGCCGGUUGGUACGAAGAGAGAUUGCCAUACAUCUACAUCUGGUUACCUGAAUGGUUUCGUCAAGAAAACCCCGAGACCUAUCGAGCCCUUGCGGUGAAUCAAAAUCGACUUACCUCACCUUUUGAUUUGUAUGAGAUGUUACGCGAUGUUCUUAUCAGUGGAGGUGGUGAUGCUGAUCCCAGUUCAGGAUGUUCCACCUGUCAAUCUCUUUUCACGCCUGUUCCCAGAGAAAGAGGCUGCCAGGAUGCGGGUGUGGCUCAUCAUUGGUGCACUUGCACAGCGUUCAAGUCGAUUAACGUUAACGAUAAAAUUGCCAUUGGUGGCGUGCAGAAGUUUCUGGAUCAUGUUGAGAGUAUCGUGAAAAGUUAUAAGGACAAGAAAGGUCGACGACUGUGCGCACGACUCAAACUAAAGAAGGUGCACCGAGUGGACCAGGUGAUUGAGUUUGGUAUGAAUAAUUCAUCUAGCGUCGCGUAUUUCUACAUGAUUCAGACAGUACCCGGCAAUGGCAACUUUGAGGUAACCAUAAGGUAUUUUGGCGACGGUAAUUACACUUUAUCUGAUAGCGAAGUUAGCAGAAUCAAUCCUUACGCUACGAGUGCCAGGUGUCUGAAUCGCGGUAUGAAGCAGUACUGUCACUGCAUAAAGUAGAUGUUACAAAAUCACCGAAGUUUCGGCUUUGCGUUAUCGCAAUUUUGUACUUCAUUAAUUUUCCGAUAAAUUGAUCGCUGCAAAAAAGAAUACAUUUUUUUAAGCUAGAAAAUUUGUAGUUAUUUUAAAGAAAAAGUAAAAGCCCCAAAUAUACACGGGAAAAAAAAUUAUUCAGAUGUUAUUUUAAAUAAUUUUUCUUGAAAUUCAUGUAAAAAAUCUCGCAACAUAUUUACAUAAUGUAUCAUAGCAAAUACUUGUAUUACACGUGUCUUUUCCACAACGAUCGAUUGAACUUAAUUACUUUAUUAAAUAUGUACUGUCUUACAAUUCCAAAUCGAUUUUGAUUUAACACACAAAUGCGUGAGGCAUAAUUCUAUGGAUACGCUUUGAUACGUAUCAAAUAAAAAAAUUGUUUGCUUCAUCUAAAAAAACUAGGGACCUGAGUGUAAAUAUAUUGAACAUUCUUUCAUUUACUAAAAAUGGCUAAGAGAUCUUUCUAAAGCCGCAGCUUGACAGUUAAACAAUAUGCGAUAAUAAUCGGCUCGAUAUCAAUAAAUUUCAUUGAUCUUUUCAAAUAAAAUAAUUGUUAAUAACAAAAUGAGAAAUCAAGACAAGCUAAAUGCUAAAUAUUAUGAGUUACAAAAAAUAUUGCUCAUUUGCUACAAUAACUAAAAAA